AUGCCUUCACACGCGCGAGGUACGCUGGUCGAGGAGCUACGAGUACGGCUCUGCCGGUGCCACUGCGAAGACCGAGUUGUUUCGAUCGAGACCUGGACGCUCCUAUUCGUGGAGGAGCCCGACCGCUACUUCGGCAAUGUGUGCGAGCUACACACCAUCUUCAACCCCCACAAGGCGUAUUACAUUCAGAACGAGCUGUUCACCGGCUACUCCCGGCAGGAGUUGAGCAAGGAGGCGAUCUUGCGCAUCUGCGCCCACCUAAGCUACGUGCCCCCACCGCUGAAACCAUGCGGGUGCCGACACUUCACCCUAAUGCGAGUCGACUCCACAGCGAAUGUCCAAGCGCGAUGCCGAAGGCACGACGGUGGAAACAAGCGGCAGGGAGGACGCCGAGAGCACGACAGGGACAGCGGGGUGUGGCAAGACUCCAAGAACGACAGAUACAACGGCGGCUUGAAGCAUGGAGUCUUCAUGGUCAGCUGGGGUCUGGUUACGGAGCCCACGAUGCCGUACGUCGACUCGAGUAAGCUCGUCCGCUACGAACGCUUCAUCUUGCAUUGGGUUCUCUAG